CUUCAGUCUUUGGAAGUGCUCAGCCCAACUGAUGGAAUUCCUGAAUUGCGAGGGAAAAGUCAACUUUAAGACUGGAUUAACUUGCGUGGUGGAAUAUCAGUUCUAAAAGUAGAGUCGACACUGUAUUAUUCCACAGUUUGGCUCAUUUAGUUAAUCACUCUCAUCUGUAACAACUGUUGCAACUGUUUUAACGUUUCUAACGGUUCCUGAACUCGGGAAAAGUGGUCUUUACGCAAUUUUGCGCCAUGGCGAACUCGUGUCUUCAACUGAGCGGCUUUCUCGUCAGCUUCAUCGGCUGGCUGGGCAUUGUGAUCGCGACAUCCACAAAUGAGUGGGUGACUACGUGUAAAUAUGGUUUGAACACCUGCAAGAAGAUGGAUGAGCUGGGAGCCAGGGGACCCUGGGCAGACUGUGUCAUCUCCACAGGACUCUACCACUGUGUCUCCCUAACGCAGAUCCUGGACCUGCCAGCCUACAUCCAGACUACUCGUGCCCUGAUGAUCGUAGGUUCAAUACUGGGGCUCCCAGCUGUAGGAAUGAUCCUCAUGUCCAUGCCCUGCAUCAGCCUUGGUAAUGAACCCCAGAGCUCCAAGAACAAACGCACCAUCCUGGGAGGAGUGCUUAUAUUCAUAGUUGCACUGUGUGGUAUGGUGUCUACGGUCUGGUUUCCCAUUGGUGCUCACCAGGAGCAAGGCCUCAUGUCAUUCGGCUUCUCCCUCUACACCGGAUGGGUGGGCACUAUCUUCUGCCUGCUGGGCGGGUCCAUUCUUACCUGUUGCUCCUCAGAGUCCUCCUCAUCUCACUCCUACCAGGACAACAAUCGUUUCUACUACUCCAAACAGGGAGGAGGCAACCCGCCAGCAGCCCCCUCCACCAAUCACGCCAAGAGCGCCCACGUCUGAGAGAGACGGGGCACAUUCUGACUCCCAAGUGGAUAUGUAGGGGGCCAUCGUUUGUAUAUAGACAUAUACACUAGCACACACUCCAACACACGUACACAUACAAUCACAGUUGUAAACCUAUACUGGAAGAGACAAACAAAACUCAUUCAUGUUGGUUCUUCAAGAAAAAUACACAAAUUUUUCAAUGAGCACACAAACAUACAUAAAAGAGACAUUCACAAAUCCAAACACACAAAGGCUGUUUUUGUUGGAGCUCUUUUUUUGCCGAUGGAUUGUUUUUGUAUCACAGAGCUCAUCUUCCAGCCUCCUCAUGUUGGGUGUGGUGUGGACUCUCCCCACUGUUACAUAAUUGUACAAGCUGCCUGCACAGCAGCCUGAGGUCUAAAUCACCAUGAGGCCUUGUGGACUGAGAUGUUGAUCUUCUAUAUUACUUUUAUUUUUCUAUUUAGGUGCUCCUAGAGAUUGUUGAGUGUCUUCUUUCAAUGUUUUUUAAAAAUCAUAUAAUAUCAUGCUUUGUUUUGAGAAGGGCUUGACAGUGUUAUGCUUGGACUUGAAAUGUGUUCAUUAACAUUUUUUAUGUACAUUCAUUUUUCUUUGACAGUAUUGUGCAGCUCUCUAGUGAAUUUGCCUCUUGAAUAGGGUUGCAACAUUUAGUUAAUAAAUCGAUAGUUGGUAACUACUACAGUAAUCGGCAGCUGUUUUGGUAAUCUAUUAAUCGUUCUGGGCAUAUAAGAAAAAAUGUCAAUGUAAAUUUCUUUACUCCUCUAUGACAGUAAACUGAAUAACUUUAUGUAAUGGAUAAAACAGGACAUUCGAAGAUGUCGUCUUGGGCUUUGGGAAACACUGAUCAACAUUUUUCACCAUUUUCUGACAUUUUAUAGACCAAACAACUAAUUGAUUAAUCGUGAAAAAGGAUCGACUGAUUCAUCAAUAAUGAAAAAAAGUGUUAGUUGCAGCCCUACUCUUGAGUGAUAGACUUGAUUAAAAAAGGUAGCACUGUUUCUCCUUGCCACUGCAGGAAGACAGACAGUAGCAUGAUGGGAAUAUACAUUUCACAAGAGAGCUUUAACCAGUCUGUGUUAGAGUCUUAGUACAGUGUGUGUACAGGCAUGGCAAGUACAAAACCUUAAUCUUUUGUCCAUAACUCCCACUUAUGAUAGUAAUAAUUCCUAAUGCAAAGUUACCUUACAAAUGAUGUCACUAACUUGCUUCUGUUCUAAAUUUGAAUAACAACUGAGUGACAAAAAAGCAGCUUAUCUUGUAACUGUGGAAUUAUAAAUUAAACAUCUUAGUCAAAUUUCCUCACAUAGAGUAGCUCUUAAAAAGGUGUGUAGCUUAAAGUAUGUUUCACUAGUGUGCGCACACAAAACAAAAUUGUAUUAUGUAGAUUAGCUUCGCUUGAAAGAAUGUGAUGACUUGAAUGUUUAAAUGCCUAAAGUGCUCUGAACACAGGUGGAACCUGAUAUGUCCCAGCUGAAGGAAACUGAUAUUUCUAACUUAGAUCCAUGCAGGAGCAGUAUUAGCUGGUUAUUUAUUGUUUCCGUGACGUGUUAUUAUUUGAUUUUCUAUAAUAAAGACAAUGAUUAAAACUGA